AUGAGAUACAAAGAUUUCAAGACGUCCGUUAUGUCUCGCCACCAGAAGCAAUGUGGAGGAUAUUUGGCUUCCCACUUUCUGAAAUCAAAUCUCCCGUUAUGGCUUCCAAAAGAGCAACAGAUUAGGUUCAGAGAAACUGAAGAUCCAGGGGAUGUUGUUGAAAGAGAAAGACAUAAGAAAACUAUGUUGACAGCCUUUUUUCAUUGGCAUGACAUAAACAGGAAUGCUCCAAAGCAUUUGUAUAAAGAUUUUCCAAAACAUUUCACCUGGAAUGCAAGUACGAAUAGGUGGAAUCCUCAACAAAGAACAAAUAGCUCAAUGAGAGGACGAUUGGUCUCAGCUAAUCCUGCUGAGGGAGAUAGGUACUACCUACGCCUGCUUUUGUCACAUGUUAGUGGCCCUACAUCCUUUGAUGAUCUCUACACAGCCAAUGGGGUAUUACACACGACAUUUCGAAAAUCAGCUCUCUCUCUCGAGUUGAUAGAAACUGACAAUAAUCUUUCAGAUUGUCUUGCAGAAGCCUCUUUAUUUCAAAUUCCUUAUGGCGCCCUUAGGAGGCUAUUCGCAACUAUCUUGAUUUUUUGUGAGCCUGGAGACGUGCGCAACUUAUGGGACGACCACUAUGAAUCUUUUUUAGAAGAUCAUAGACAAUUGUGUCACAAUGACGAGCGUGUAAAAAAUAUGGUUCUCACGGAUAUCAAAGUUUUUCUACAAUCCAUGGGUGAGAAUCUCGAGGAUUUUGAUCUUCCAAGGUUGACUCUUGAUGUUAACCUAAAAUCAGGAGCUGCUUAUGAUGAGAUCAUAAGCCGUGUCGAUAACAACUUACCCGGUGUUUUUUUCAUAGAUGGUCCCGAUGGAACCGGGAAAACAUUUCUAUACAAUGCCUUGCUUGCAGAGGUUCGUUCCCGUGUUCUUAUUGCACUCGCGAGUGCUAUAUCCGGUGUUGCUGCUAAUAACAUGCCCGGGGGGACAGCUCAUUCACGGUUUAAAAUCCCUCUUAACCUCAAUAAUAACUCGAUGUGCAACAUCAAACAGUUGAGCGGUACUGCUGAGCUUCUUCGAGAUGCCAAGAAAAUCAUAUGGGAUGAAGCAUCAAUGGCUAAAAGGCAGGCAUAG